AUGGACCCAUCUCCCCCCGUCAUCUUCAAGCGCUCCAAGGCGAAGGCGACUGCGAGAGCGAGAGAAACGUCGCCGGAAAAUGGCACUGAAAAAGCGGCAGGGACACCUGAGGAGUCGCCUAGCACUUUGGCGCUCAAGUUGAAGAAUAAGGUUAAGCGGGCAAAGGUGAAAUCCCGAUUGAGUUUUGGUGGAGACGAAGAAGAGGAGGGCGAUGGCGAGGUUUUCAAGGUCAAGAAGUCAAACUUGAGUCGAAAGAUGGCUCUUGGCACGCAUCCUGCAAUUAUACCCCCUACAUUGGAUCAAGCUACCAUAUCUACUAACGACAGUCCUAAAUAUGACGCAGCAUAUCUCAAAGAGCUCAAAGCCAAUACCCCAUCAUCAAGACCCAAGUUGCCCGCUAAUAUCGAUUCCUAUGACGCGGACAUGUCCAUCGACGUUGAUGACGUGUCUAUGCAAAGCAUCAUCGUAGAUUCAGAGGAAAGCGCGUCUUUCAUUCCUUCGCAGUCAUCCAUUCAAGUCGCCAAAGAGAAACGUGAAAGGUUGCGCAAUUCGCUAGCCAGUGGAGAAGAAGAUUUUAUAUCGCUUUCUGUAACUAAGCGAAGUGAUGAACCACAAGGUCCACACCCUGAAAGUCGGCUUAUGAGGGAAGAGGAUGAGCUCGGAGAAGGAGAUGACGAAUUUGCUGAGUACACCAGUGCUCAGGAACGAAUAGCCUUGGGCAAGAAAUCUCGCAAGUUGGAAGCUAGCCAGCGACGAGAUGCCAUGAAGGAGAUGAUCGCUGAUGCCGAAGAAGAAGACGAAGAAACAGUCGAAUGGGAACAAGAACAACUCCGCCGCGGUGGACAUAGGACACCAGAUCCAUCAUCUUCCAAUGUGAAACAGGUUUAUAAACCUGCCCCGAUCCCUGUGGCUACCCCUGUGCCAACGCUAAAUGCAGCAAUAACGCGACUAUCAGAGCGACUUACACAAUUAACCACAUCACAUGCCAAAAACUCCUCGACUCUUACUUCACUCGCCCAGGAACGGCAAGAAGUUGAAGAUAGGGAGAAGGAAAUGAGAGAAAUGGUUGAAAAAGCAGAGGAAAAGAGGGCAUGGUUUACUGACUUCAGAGAAUGGACGGAAAGCGUCGCGGUCUUCCUUGACGAAAAGUAUCCCCUUCUUGAAAAACUGGAGGAAGAGCGGCUAUCGUUGUUAAAGGAGCGGUUUGACAUGAUCAGCAAGCGUCGACGGGAGGAUUCCGAAGACGACCUGGCGGCUUUCCUCGGUCCUAUUCCUCCUCCUCCUCAACCAGAAUCUGGAGAACUAGACGAACUUGGCCGAACAGUACGUAGACCGGAUCCAGUUGAAGAAAGUCGUGCAAGACGCGUCGCCAGGGUUGCUAGACGGCAAAUUCGGAAAUCUCGUCAUGUGAGGCCACCAGGUGAAGAAGACGAAGGGUUUUCCACCGAUUCAUCACUGUCACCUCAAGAUACAUCCGCGUAUGGUGAAGCCCUGCAGUCGCUCUCGACCAGGUCGAAAGAGAUUCUGGCCGAUGUCAAGGCGGCGGAAUUCAAAGAUCCGGGUAAAGGACGCUGGAGCGCAUGGAGGGAAAAGUAUGCUGAAAGCUAUGUCGUCGCUUGGGGUGGGCUGGGUGUGGUCAGCGUUUGGGAGUUUUGGGUUCGACUUGAGUGUCUUGGCUGGAAUCCUGUGGAGGAAGCGCGCAGUUUGCAUGAUUUCAAAUGGUAUAAGGGUUUAUACGAGUACUGCCGACCUGGGGAAGGUGUCAUUGAAGAGCGAGCGCUCGGGCCAGAUGGUGACCUUGUGUCAUCAAUGAUCUCGUCGGCUAUUAUUCCCCUCAUCUGCAAAGUUGUUGACAAUGGGGGACUAGAUGUUUAUUCAUCUAAGCACACGAGGAGGAUAAUUGAUCUUGCAGAAGAAAUUGAAGCGAGCAUUGGUACUCAAGGGGUUAAAUUUCAACUCAUCCUGAGAUCCGUAUUUAACUCGUUCCAAAAUGCGGUCACGGAAAUAAGGGAGUCCGUUGACAAAUAUUCUCGGUUGCACAAAUCGGUGCCAGGAUUUAACCCAGAGUCAAUAGCCUCAAGGAGACGAUUUUUGAAUCGUUGUGUGAAGCUAUUGAAAAACAUCUUACGUUGGAGAAAAUACAUAGGGGACCGGUUCGGGAUAGAUAUGGUGGUAAACCAAUUAGUCGAGGAUAACAUUGUGAUCGUGGCGAGAACGGGAUGGGAUGUGGGUGGAGAAGAGGUGACCCGAAAGUUCAUGUGGUCUUCCGAAGGCAGCAGCGCCAUCGAUUCUAUCAUCGAUCCUCACUCUGUUGCCUCAAAGUCAUGGCUCGAAUAUCGAUAUGAAACAAAAUGA